AUGGCGCCCUUACUAGGCGAUUGGGAUGGGUCAACCCCGUCAACCACUCCAAAUGGCCCAUCCAAAAGCGUCUUGUAUGUUGAUGCAUACGACUCAUUCUCAUAUAAUGUUGUUUCGAUGCUAGAAGAGACACUAGGGGUGAAAGUCACCGUGAUGACUAUUGACUCCGAAUGGCCCGAUGGCAAUAUGCACGAAUUUCUUCGUCAUUAUGAGGCCAUCGUCCUAGGACCAGGUCCGGGAAACCCCAACCUGCCAAAAGAUGUCGGGAUCAUGAGAGACAUCUGGAAUCUUCAAGAUGCCGAACUGCUUCCGAUCUUCGGCAUCUGCCUGGGUUUCCAGAGUCUAUGCUUACAUCACGGAGUUCCGGUUGAACGCCUUCCAUAUCCACUGCAUGGCCAGGUGCAUCGCAUUUCAACAAGCUCUAGCGAUAUCUUCCGCGGUCUUUCCGACAUAGAGGUGACCUUGUAUCACUCCCUCUAUGCCAACCUCGAUGCGUUGAGUCAUUCUCAAGUUUCGUCCGUCGACGAGUUAGACUUUUUAGCCUGGUUUUCCCUUGAGAAUGAGUCGGUUCGGAGAAAAAGAAUCCCAAUGGCGGUUCGUCAUCGGCAAAAGCCCUUUUGGGGAGUUCAGUUCCACCCGGAGUCUUGCAAAUCAGAAAAGGAGGCUUGCAAACAGCUACUCCAAAACUGGUGGGCAAUGGCCCUCUCAUUCAACAAACUUAUUGGUCGUGAAGCAUAUGCUGCUUUGCCCGAAACUAUUAUCACUCCCCAUGAUGAAACGAGCACAUUCCCUGAUAUCGCGUAUGAUAUGUUGAGAUGGAGCUCUUCGACUUCACCGGCCUCGGCGCAUCGGUCUCUUCAGCGAGGAGAUUGGACCGCAGAGACUAUUAGUGAGGCAUUUAACAAGCCAGGAUAUCCGACAGUGGUCUUCCAAUCAGACAAUCGAUUUAGCAUUGUCUCGAUACCCAGUCCUGGCUCUUGGCGACUAGAAUACAGUGUGGAGGAGCAAAAGUUAACUCUGUAUCAAUUAUCUGGUGAUUGCCAAAUACUUGAAAAGAGUCUAACUGUGGCUCAGCUUUGGGAUGCCCUCCGAUACUUGAUGGAUAUGAAGAAGGUCAGCUCUGGUAGUAUCGACAGUCCCUUCUGGGGUGGAUUCUUGGGUUACUUCUCGUACGAAUUGGGUCUCUCGUGUCUUCCUCAUCCUAAGGAAUCAGCACAAACAUCUACUUAUUGUGAUCCUGCGGUAGAAAAUUCAUCUUCCGGCCCGCAUGUGGAAGACCCUCCGGAUGUCAGUCUGUUGUGGUGUGAAAGGAGUAUUGUCGUUGACAAUAAAACUGGCAAUGUCGUCGCACAAUCUACCCGCGCGUCAGACGAGUUCGCGGGCAGUUGGCUUGACGAGACAUUGCAGCUACUCAAGGGACAAUCUCAAAGAGUGAAAAGUACCGAGAAGUCCGACCUCGAGUUUUUGGAUUCUAUUCUCCGUCAUGGUGUCAUAUCGUUCCCCGAAGAAAUGGAUUACAAAGAGCGGAUCGCAGCCUGCGAUGCCGAGUUGGAGGCAGGUGAAUCCUACGAACUAUGUCUCACAGCCGAGACAUCAAUCACUCUGCCAGUUCCAGCAGCUGAAUCCGACCGCGCUGUAUUCCCUUGGAAAUUAUACAGGCGACUGAAGAAGUACAACCCUGCUAGAUACAGUGGGUUCGCAAACUUAGGCUUGGUCAAAAUUGUCAGCAGCAGCCCGGAAUGUUUUCUCGACUGGGAUCGCAAGUCUACUCUUGAAAUGAAGCCCAUGAAAGGCACGGUCCGAAAAACACUCGAUAUGACCCUUGCCCAGGCUAAGGAAAUUUUAUCCUCAACGAAGGAAAUGGCCGAGAACCUCAUGAUUGCCGAUUUAAUUCGACACGAUCUAUAUGGUAUCUGUGGUCCUGGUGGUGUGCAUGUUGAGAAGUUGCUUGAAGUCGAAGACUAUGGCCACGUCUACUCCAUGAUCACACACGUCAAGGGCAAAAUUCGCCCUGAUCAGCCAGGGUAUUCAGUUCGCCACAUUCCCCAGUUCAAGUCCACCAACAUGGCCAUUCAUGGCCUCACGACUUUGCAGCGUUGCCUGCCCCCAGGUUCCAUGACCGGUGCGCCUAAGGAGCGCUCAUGCAUGCACCUUAAAACCAUUGAAGGACGCAAGCGUGGAAUCUAUUCCGGCGUCAUGGGCUACCUUGAUCUGGGUGGCGGUGGCAGCUUUGCGGUCAUGAUUCGAAUGGCCUUCACCUGCUCUACUGAUCAAGAAAAAGAGCAGAUUUGGCGAAUCGGUGCUGGUGGUGCCAUCACAACUCUUAGCACGCCCGAGGGUGAAUGGCAGGAAAUGCUGACCAAGCUGCGUACUGUCGGCAACAUUUUUGCUCCAUUCGAUAGCCAGUGA